CUAUAUGCCGAUGGUAUAUAUGGACAGGAUAUCUUCUAACAACGACUAGUGAGCUUGUGAAUUUACCAUCAUCCGCAUUCAUCUCAUCUCCAUUUCCUCAAGCAAUUACAUCACAUCCAAUUGUCGGGUUAAUUAUCCGUAAUCAGAUUGGGCUGACUUUUGUAUCCUUCAGGUGACGAAGAACCGGAAGGAAUCGAUACUUCAAUUAGCUCCACGCAAUGAGUCCAUAAUUACAGUUGUGGAUUAGAGGAUUAUGACACUUGGAGUCUGUCAUAAUUUUUUGUUUUGAAAUCGUUCACCUUUUGGGGACUGGGCUCAUUGGAGAUGACGAGGAAUUGCCAAUCCACAAGGAGGAACAAUCGUGAUUUUGUUAGAAGUGAUGAUGUGGUGGGGAAUAUUCUGAAAUGCGUGAUUUUUUUUAUUCUGUGCACUAGACCCACUGAGGGAAAAUUUGCCAAUGACACAACACCUAGGGAUUUUGUUGACCGAUGCAGACGAGAUUGUAUCAUCAAGAGAGAUGUUGUGGUUUGUGGCAAGUACCGGGUGGUCAGGUGGCUUCACGAAGUCGUUCGGGAAAAGGAGUUGAGCUUUGGACCGUUCAAGGUGAUACGAAUACCAGCGGUGACGAGGGAUUCUGUCCUGCCGGACUUUCCGAAGCCCAGGGAUCUCAGAUUCGGAAUUGCUGAGACUCUGAGUUUCAUAAAACAUAUCGCUGAGGAUCUCGUGACUAGAAGAGCGAUUGUUUACACGUUUCAACCACCACCAGAAAACUCGAGAGGUUUUGCCAAUGGACCGCUCAUCAUGGAUGAGGACGAGAUGGUUAGUCUCCAGAGGGGGCAACCAGAGAGCUCGAGACUCUUCAAGAAGAAGAAGUCGAUAAUUCUGCCGAUUUUGAUUCUCUUGAAUCUCAUGAAACUCAAGAUGAUGCUGAUUCCGAUAGCUUUUGGCGUUCACAUGAUAAAGAAACUGAUAGUGAUUGGGGGACUGUUCGUUCCUGGGAUCCUCUCCAGGCUGAAAAUCUGCAAAGUCGCUCAGCAUCCACCGACGUCGUACCACGUCUGGGCGAAUGCCGCGGCCGAGGCCCCAGUGGAUUAUCCAACAGAGUGGAUUUUUAAGGUUUCGGACAUGAUGAAUCUGGUUGGGCUCACAGGAACGACUUGAACGUGGGAUAUCCAUAUCCGGGAUAUCCAUCACCAGCUUAUGCACCUGCCUACUACAGACAGCGAUGAUAACCAGGAGACAUAAGUCUGAUUUACUUUGCAACCCUCCUUACGAAAAAAGUAUCUUUGAAAUCGCAAUUGGCUCAUUGUCGUGUAAAAAUAUAUGUUUCAUGUAUUUUUAUGCGAGAAAUUUACACUUGAGACAUGUGUCUCAAAAUUAAUUGAUGUGGCCCAUGAAAUAUGGAUUUUCCUCCGAGGGGAUUUAUAAAUAAAAAUGCACGUGCAAGGCGUUAUCAAUUUUGGAAUUUUGUUGUAAGAACGAGUGAUCAACGAAUGAAUCGAAUUGAAUGAACUCAAUAGCCUUCACCUGUCAUGGGGGAAAUUAGGGAAAUUAUAUUUACAUUCACUGGUCCUAGAAUGGAGUGAAUUCUGAAGCUACUAAUUAAGAAAUCAGAUUAAGGAUUAUUUUUAUGUUCGUUUCAAUAGUUAAACAGGGUAAUAUGUUCUUCGAAUGAUCUUUCAUGUAGAUAAGAAUUUAAU